AUGCCGGCUCCAAAGCAGCUAUCUGAGGUGCGAUCCUUCUUAGGUGCAAUCAAUUUUUACGGUCGAUUUGUACCACAAAUGCGCAAUCUGCGGUAUCCCUUGGAUGAGUUGUUGAAAAAGGAAGGGGCAUUUCAGUGGACUCCUGAGUGUCAAAAUGCUUUUCAAAUGUUCAAACGAAUUUUAAAAUCGGAUCGACUUUUGACACAUUACGACCCAAGUAAAGAAAUUAUAGUAGCUGCUGAUGCUUCUUCUGUAGGCGUCGGAGCGACGAUUAGCCAUCGCAUGGAGGAUGGAACCUUGAAAGUAAUACAGCACACAGCAAGAGCAUUGACAAAAGCAGAAAUGAACUACAUUCAACCAGAUCGCGAGGGUUUAGCCGUGAUAUUUGCUGUUACAAAGUUCCACCGCAUGAUUUAUGGGCGUAGAUUCAUGUUACAAACGGAUCAUGCUCCGCUGUUAAGAAUUUUCGGUGCACGCACAGGUAUACCAAUUUACACAGCAAAUAAGCUCCAGCGUUGGGCUUUAACGUUGCUGCUAUAUGAUUUUAAAAUUGAGUACGUGCCAACAGACAAAUUUGGUAACGCUGAUAUAUUGUCCCGACUGAUAGAAGAACACGAGCACCCAGAAGAAGAUUAUGUUAUAGCGAGCAUCGAAUUAGACAAUGACAUGAAUGCUAUUAUAGAUAACGUAACUAAAGCAAUGCCGCUAACAUAUAGCGAUGUUAGGGAAGCAACUAAAAGAGAUCCUACGUUGACAAAAGUAUCAAAGUACAUUCAGGAAGGUUGGCCUCAGAGAAAAUCAAACGACAUAAUAUUGAGAAGCUUCCAGGCACGAAGCGAAGCAUUAAGCACACUUAGAGAAUGCAUCUUAUUUGGAGAGCGAUUGGUCGUUCCAGAAGCAUUGCGUAGGAAAUGUUUGAGACAACUACACCUUGGACACCCCGGAAUACAGCGUAUGAAGUCACUAACGCGAAGCUAUGUUUACUGGCCUGGUUUAGAUUCGGAAAUAGCUGAGUUAGUGAAGUCGUGUCCACAGUGCGCAGCAGCAGCAAAAUCUCCUCCACAUAGUACGCCAAUAGCCUGGCCCACUACGUCUGCUCCGUGGCAAAGAGUGCAUGUGGAUUAUGCGGGACCAAUCGAUGGAUUUUAUUAUCUCCUUGCAAUCGAUUCUUUCUCAAAGUGGCCAAAGAUAGUGCAAACGACCAAAAUCACGACUCAAGCAACGAUUCGUAUUUUACGUGGAUUAUUCGCAAGGCUGGGUGGAGAAUUUUGUACCACAAACGGGAUAGAACAUAUUAGAACCGCUCCUUACCACCCCCAGUCGAAUGGACAGGCGGAGCGAUUCGUUGACUCUCUUAAGCGAGGGCUAAAAAAAAUCAGCGAGGGAGGAGCAUCGGCUCAAGAGUCACUGGACAUCUUCUUAUUGAUGUAUAGAAGCCUACCCAAUAGGCAGUUAGAAAACGGCAAAUCACCAGCGGAACUGAUGCUUGGGAGAAGAAUGCGUACAGUAUCGGACAUAAAGAUAGAACCCUGGUGUUUUCAACGCACCAUGCACCCGUUGGGCCAGGUUUAUGUGUGAUUUGUAUGUGUUUGUGUGUGUGUGUGUAUGUGUGGGUGUGUGAGUCUGUGUGUGUGUGUGUGUGUGUGUGUGUGUGUGUGUGUGUGUGUGUGUGUAUGUGUGUGUGUGUGUGUGUGUGUGUGUGUGUGUGUGUGUGUGUGUGUGUGUGUGUGUGUGUGUGUGUGUGUGUGUGUGUGUGUGUGUGUGUGUGUGUGUGUGUGUGUGUGUGUGUGUGUGUGUGUGUGUGUGUGUGUGUGUUUGCAUGUGUAUUGGUGUGUGUGUUUGUUUCACAAGUAUGUCGUUUCGGAUAGAUUUGUUAGUGGUUUGUUUGUGUUUUGGGUUAGUUUUUUGUUGUAAUUAGCAGGACCACUGCCCUUGCGAGCAGUGAUCCCUAUUCAAAAAUGCAAUAAGCUCAGUUCUUGAUCUUAUUGCCGUCGCCAACUAUGACAUUAAUCAUGCGUUGACGCAUCGACAUCACCAGUUUCUGGAUCGUUUUUGGUGGAAUUUUUUCCACACCUUUUGCAUGUGAUCGAAGAGGUGAUCCAGAUCUUCCGGUAUGUUUUUACCCAGCAUCUUCUUGAAUAUUGCCCAGAGGUUCUCAAUGGGAUUGAGAUCCGGGCUAAGGGCAGGCCACUUCAUUGUUUUGACAUUAUUGUCAGCAAGCCAAGUUUGAACAGUCCCGGAAGUAUGCUUAGAAUCGUUGUCUUGCAUAAAAAUCCAAGACCGAGGAAGGUUUUUCCUAGCGUGUGAUAGCAAAUGAGUAUCAAGAAUAUCUCGAUACCCAAACCGAUUCAAAUGACCGUGGAUUCGAACCAACGGACCCAUCCCAUAGUAGGAGAAGCAUCCCCACACCAUGAGACUACCACCGCCAUGCUUAAAAGUCUUGAAGCAGUAUUUUGGGUCAAGAGCACAAUUAACAGGGCGCCGAACCAACCUGCGUUCG